AAAGGAUCAAGCUGUGGAAUGGUAUAAGAAAGGUAUUGAAGAACUAGAAAAAGGAAUUGCUGUCAUAGUUACAGGACAAGGUGAACAGUGUGAGAGAGCUAGACGCCUUCAAGCUAAAAUGAUGACUAAUUUGGUUAUGGCCAAGGACCGUUUACAACUUCUAGAGAAGAUGCAACCAGUUUUGCCAUUUUCCAAGUCACAAAUGGAUGUUUAUAAUGACAGUACUAACUUGACGUGCCGCAACGGACAUCUCCAGUCAGUUAUGAAAACUGGAUCCACGGGACUUUCAGGCCACCACAGAGCACCUAGUUGCAGUGGUUUAUCCAUGGUGUCUGGAGUGAGACAGGGACCUGGUCCUACAGCUGCCAUUCAUAAGGGCACUCCAAAAACAAAUAGAACAAAUAAACCUUCUACCCCUACAACUGCUGCUCGUAAGAAGAAAGACUUGAAGAAUUUCAGGAAUGUGGACAGCAACCUUGCUAACCUCAUAAUGAAUGAAAUUGUGGACAAUGGAACAGCAGUGAAAUUUGAUGAUAUAGCUGGUCAAGAAUUGGCAAAACAAGCUUUACAGGAAAUUGUUAUUCUUCCUUCUCUGAGACCUGAGUUGUUCACAGGGCUUAGAGCUCCUGCCAGAGGAUUGUUACUCUUUGGUCCACCUGGGAAUGGGAAGACAAUGCUGGCUAAAGCGGUAGCUGCAGAAUCUAAUGCAACCUUCUUUAAUAUAAGUGCUGCAAGUUUAACUUCAAAAUAUGUGGGAGAAGGAGAGAAAUUAGUGAGAGCUCUUUUUGCUGUGGCUCGAGAACUGCAACCUUCUAUAAUUUUUAUAGAUGAAGUUGAUAGCCUUUUGUGUGAAAGAAGAGAAGGGGAGCAUGAUGCUAGUAGACGCCUCAAAACUGAGUUUCUCAUAGAAUUUGAUGGUGUACAGUCUGCUGGAGAUGACAGAGUACUUGUGAUGGGUGCAACUAACAGGCCACAAGAGCUUGACGAGGCUGUUCUCAGGCGUUUUAUCAAACGGGUAUAUGUGUCCUUACCAAAUGAGGAGACAAGACUACUUUUACUGAAAAAUCUGUUAUGUAAACAAGGAAGCCCAUUGACCCAAAAAGAACUAGCACAACUUGCUAGAAUGACUGAUGGAUACUCAGGAAGUGAUCUAACGGCUUUGGCAAAAGAUGCGGCACUGGGUCCUAUUCGAGAAUUGAAACCAGAACAGGUGAAGAAUAUGUCUGCCAGUGAGAUGAGAAAUAUUCGAUUAUCUGACUUCACUGAAUCCUUGAAAAAGAUAAAACGCAGCGUGAGCCCUCAAACCUUAGAAGCAUACAUACGUUGGAACAAGGACUUUGGAGAUACCACUGUUUAAGAAAAUACUUUUGCAAGCCUGCGGAACAAUUUACUUAACGAGAGAAACACACGAUCUUCAGUGAACAGUUGUCAGCUACAGAAACUCAGCCUAAGUUUACAGAACUUUUCAAGAGUCUUACAUAUUUGCGCACCAAACUUGAAGAUGAACCAGAAAAUAAAUUUAAAUAAAAUAUAUAAUGCAAAUGGAACA